CUGGGCUCGAUGACGCAGUGAUGAUUGAUGAUGAAAAUGGACCUAUCAUGAUUCUGGAAGAUGACCAGAUGUCAGACAACGAGGAAACUGAUGAAUUAGGAACUGAAGACUUGGGACAGAAAGGUGAACACAGCAUUGAAGACACGAGCCAGCAAGAAAUGUGCAUAGAGAUUCCACUUGAAAAUUAUUUUGUCAAGUUUGUAGAAGAUAAUAGAUCCAUGUUGUGUGAAAUCAUUAAAUUGAAAUUUGAUUGUAUUGCUGCAAUCUGUACAAAUGAAAACCUACAGCCAGCAGGUGGGAAAGAAUCGAUUACUACAUUUUCAAUUCCUAUUAACAAAUCAUUGUCUAUAAUGACUGCUUUGCCUACUGGAGUCAGAUAUCUGAAGAUCCUACCAGAAGGGUUUCGUAUUUUUGUCUGCUCGGAUGACCUGAUACAACAUGAAGUAGAUGCAAUAGUGAAUAGUACCAAUGAAUAUUUGCAGCAUCAUCAUGCAGUUUCCCAUGCUCUGGCAAAGAAAGCUGGACAGGAAUAUGAAGCUGAAUGUGAAAACCUUGUACAAACGCAUGGUGCAGUACCAGUAGGUACCGCAGUUGUCACAGGACCUGGAAACCUUCCAUGUAAAAAGGUUAUUCAUGCCGUGGGACCUGUUUGGAAUGAGCAUCCAAAAGAAGAUAGUGACCGUCUGCUUAUUUAUUCCAUCAGAAACAGCCUUGUGCUAGCAAAUGAAUUAGGAAUGACUUCAAUUGCCAUUCCUGCAGUGGGUCUUGAGCAUAAUUUCCCAUUGCAAAGAUGUGCAGAGUUGAUAGUAAAUACAGUUAAAUCUUUUGAUGCAAUGUGGCUAAGCACAGACCCUUUGAAGCAGGUCAGUCUUGUGAACUCCAAUGAGGCAAUAACUAUAGCAAUGGAAAGUGCAUGUAACAAUAUAUUUGGACAUACAGACCAAAAACGUUUGCUCAGCAUGGCUUAUGUUCCAAACUGCAUACGUGAUGUAUUUGAAUUCCAGAAUCUUCAUUUGGAAAUCAAGAGAGAAAAUAUAGCAGAACAGAACACUGAUGUGAUUGUGAAUGCACUAGCAAGAGAUCUAAAUCUGGAUGCUCUCAGAAUGUCUAGAGCUAUUGGAAGAAAAGCUGGUCCAGAACUUCAAAUGGAGCUUCGUAGAAUUGCACCAAUGGCAUUAAUGCCUUUAGGUGAAGUGUUAAAAACAUCAGGAUUUCUUUUGAAUUGCAAAUAUGUGUAUCACGCAGUAUUUUCUCCUGAUUCAAAAACAGAAUCAGAAAAGGUAAACAUUUGUUCAUAAU